UGUUGGCUGUCUCCCAAAUUGCGCACAGAGUGUGGAUUUGCGGGGAUUGAAGGCAGUGAGUGUGUGCGGAUGGGCUGCUGUUUUGAUGCUGGGAGCCGGGAUGUGCCGCCCUGUUUCUAUUCACUGGAUAAUCUGCCAGAUGCUGCCUACCGGAGCUGGUACGUGGCCACUGACUACCCGAUCGUCAGUGUGCUCCGGGAGUCCGUGUUUGUGGAGGUUCGUGUCCUGAAGCGGAACGACCCGACCCUGGUGCUGGUCCUCAAUGACUGCUGGGCGACCCCCAGCCCCGAGCCGUAUUCGGGGCUCCGCUGGGACCUCCUGGUGAACAGGUCUACUUCCACUGCAGGGCUGAGGUGUGUCACCCUUCCAUCCGAGAGAACUGCACAGCUCCCUGCAGCCCCAAGACACGAAGAAGUGCUUAUGAUCAGUCUGGAGCCUUGGUGACUGCUGAGGGCUCCAUCAUUUUCCUGGGAGAUGAGGAGAGAUUAGCUGCUGGGAUGGAGCAGGAAGAGGAAG